GUCAUCUAUCAUCUCCACGGGUUUUAUUCUCAACAUCCCACCUUGCCCACAUCUCGUUUCACAUCUCGCUUCACUCGUCAGAACCACAAGCAUGGCUCCCAAUACCAAGGGAUCAUCGUCGGCAGCCGGGCCUACAAAGGUUCCGAUAUCGAUGUUGCUCAGCAAUGAGGAGCAAACCGCCAUCGGUAUUCUUCCUGCCUCGCAUUGGCAACAGCAAUUUACGCAAGAGGAUCCCAGCGACAUCUUUUCUUCCAGGGCCAGGACCGCCUCGCUCACCGAGUCUAUCUUUCAGUAUCGCCACAUCCAUGGAAGAACCUACCAUAGCGAUAUCGGCAAUGCAGAAUCCUGGGAACCGAAUGAUGAGCGUCACAUUGAUGCAAUGGAGAUUGCCCACCACGCUUAUACGGUCACUAUGGAACACAGGUUGUAUCGCGCUCCACUUGAUAAGAACAAGGUCCAAAAGGUGUUGGACGUUGGUACAGGAACUGGCCUGUGGGCAAUUGACUUCGCCGACGAAUUCCCCGGAGCCGACGUUGUCGGUACCGACAUCACCCCCAUUCAACCUUCCUGGGUGCCCGCCAACGUCAAAUUUGAACUUGAUGAUUGCAACCAAGAAUGGACCUGGCCAGACAACACCUUUGAUUUCAUCCAUGCGCGUAUGCUAAUUGGUGUUAUCGAAGACUGGUAUGAAUUCCAUCGCCAGGCCUUCCGGACUUGUAAACCGGGUGGCUACAUCGAAACUUUCGCCGCUUGCAGUACUUUCGAGUGCGACGACGGUACGGUGAAAGAGGACAGUGCCAUGUCACAAUGGUCUAAGGUGUUUAAUGAAGGUGGAAGAAGGUUCGGCCGAUCUUUUGAGGUUUACGACCACGACCUCCAACGGAAGGGUAUGGCAGCUGCUGGCUUCGUGGAUAUUGAGUAUAAAGACUAUAUUAUUCCCAUAGGUGUCUGGCACCCUGAGAAGGAAACAGCGGAAUCGGGUCUAUGGUGGAAGCUAGCCAUUGAGGCGGACCUUGAAGGAUACCUUAACUACACCUUCAUUGUCUUGCUAGGAUGGACUCCGGAGGAAACCAAGUCGUAUGGCGACCAAAUUAAGAAAGAGUGGAACAAUCCCAAUAUUCACGGCUAUGUCAGGGCACGCAGUGCAUGGGGAAGGAAGCCAGAGUAGGUCCCAGAGGACACUCAGAAGGCUAGAUGAUUGUG